AUGGCUAGAUGUUUAAUAAACUUACAAUUAAUAGCUGAUGUGGAAAUAGGCUGUGAGGGUGAUAUAACGGAAGGAAUCGUUUCUUCCGAACCUCUAAUAUUCGAGUACAGGGGACAUAGAGUGAGAGAUUACGGACUGAGGUCACAGGCUGAGGGGACACAAACUGAGAUGGAGGAAGGAAUGGGUAAAAUAGAAUGUUCAUAUUAUAGAAUAACGUUCAUUUCAAUGUCUAAGGUUAUACACCUCUGUGAUACUUGCCUAGAGCUUAACAGCUCUACUUCUAUUAAUUUAACCCCAACAGUGGUGGUUCAGCAAGCAAGCAAUCGGAUACACGAUAACGUUGCCACCACCUACAUCAGUUCAUAUAGUCGUGUGUGUCUAUGUGUGUGCGAGAGUACCAUGAAGCUAUUAAAUACAAAAUUUGCUGAAACCUUCCUUAGUGUUCGCUUUACCUUCCCACAGUUAUCGGCUUUAAUACGAAAAGAAUCAGUGAAAAAUCCGCUGAGAUAA